GGGAUGGACGUGCCUGGAAUAUCCAGUGACGCGACUUAUCACUUCACUCAAGAACUGCUCUCCAGGCACGUGCAGCCGCAGUGACAACCGUUGAGGAAUUCCAAAUGGAGCUGCGUUUUGUUCACUCAUCUCCUUGUUCUCGGAAGGAACAAUUCGACCCGCGGGCAAAGGAGUUUGCCCAAGUAGUAUUGAUCUUGAAUGAUUGUUGCGAAUGAAAGAUGUCUCGUGUGAACGACAAUAUUCCUACCAAGCUUGCCCUGGAGCGGUCAGCAAAUGACGACGCACUGAAGACUGGCAAUGCGACCGUGACCUCUUCCACACCGGAUGAUGCGACAGCUAGCAAAGAUGCUACACCACCCAUCGAUGAGUAUGCUGGUCCCUGGACUGGAUGGGCUGAACUAGAGAAUGACCCUGUUAUCUUCACUACCCUGCUGCGGGAAUGGGGAGUGCCGAGCAUCCAAGUGAACGAAGUAGUGCCUCUUGAUAGCAUCUUUGAUCAUGACCCGGACGAAAUCUUUGGUCUGAUCUUUCUCUCGCGAUGGGUGCCACAGGAAUCAGAAAAUGAGAUUACAGAGGCACCAAAGGGUGUAUGGUUUGCAAACCAGACGUCAUCGUUCUCCUGCGCGACUGUCUCACUGAUGAACAUCGUCAACAAUCAUCCAAACAUUGAUCUGGGUAGCUCAUUGAAUGAUUUCCGUACAAAGACCAUGAGCAUGACUCCCAAAGAGCGUGGCCUUGCAUUGGACGCAUUUGAUCAUGUCCGGGAAGUUCACAAUUCUUUCGCAACUGAUAUUGACAAGAUGAACGUCGAUCUGCGAUUAAAACAAGACUUCACUGCGGCAGAGAAGAAGAAAAAGGAGCAGUCAAAACGUCCUCGCAAAAGGCGCAAGCAGAUGCAGGAUUUUGACGACGAAGAGAACGGAUUUCAUUUCGUGGCAUACGUUCCUGUUGAAGGAGUUGUCUGGAAGAUGGACGGUAUGGAAGUGUUUCCCCGCCAGGUCGGUCCCCUCUCAGAGAGCGACAGCUGGGUUGCCAUGGUGCUGCCUGAACUUCAGGCUCAAUGGGAAUCGGCCAGCACCAAUGACCUGGAGUUUUCCUUGCUAUCAUUGACAAAGAUGAAGGACGCAUCGAGUAUGGGGCAGGAUCAGCAGAAGAUGGACCGAUUGAGAGAGGACUGGGGACCCUUUUUCGCUCAAAUCAUCAGAACACAUGCAGAAAAGGGGACGUUGAAAGACUUGCUGGGUUGAGAUGAGGGGCGUUGAGGAGCAGACUGUCACUUAGCCUCUAUCGUGCCUCGUUGAUAGACUUUUACGAACUCGG